AUGGCGGCCUUGAGCAGGUUCAUCUCCAGACUCUCCGACAAAUCUCACGCCUUCUUCGGAACCCUCAAGAAUCCGAAGGACUUCCAGUGGACGGAAGAAUGCGAAUCUGCUCUCCAAGAGCUAAAGUCAUAUCUCACAACUCCUCCUCUCCUAUCCAAGCCACUACACGGUGAAGUCCUGCUUCUAUAUCUAGCAGUCUCCGAACACGCUGUAAGCGCCGUCCUAGUUCGCGAGGAGGGAAACAAGCAGCUACCAAUCUAUUACGUAAGCAAGGCUCUCUUGGAUUCGGAAACCCGCUAUAGCCAUCUAGAGAGGCUGGCCUUAGCCCUGAUAGUCGCUGCUCGCAAGUUCCGACCCUACAUCCAGGCUCAUCCAAUCGUGGUUGUUACCUCCUUCCCUGUAAAAGUUGAUCCUCCACAAACCAGAAGUCUCCAGACGCCUAGCCAAAUGGGCCGUGGAACUAGGGGAGUCCUAGCAGACUUCAUGGCGGAAUUCUCCCCUGCCUUACUCCCAGCUUUUGAGCAAGAGGUACGCCUCCGAGGCGAAACUAAGGAAGAGGAAGAAUGGAUCCUGCACGUUGAUAGAUCUAGUAAUGUCAGAGGAGCUGGAGUGGGGAUAGUGCUUACCUCGCCAACGGGGAACACGGCCUCAAGGGCCAUGAGAUGCAACUUCAAAGCAACCAACAACGAGAGCGAGUAUGAGGCCCUAAUCGCAGGUCUAACCCUUGCCCACCAAAUGGGGGCAGAGAAUAUCCAAGUCUUCGGCAACUCCCAGCUGAUAAUCAACCAGGUACGGGGAGAGUACCAAGCAAAAGAUGACAGUAUGAUCCAAUAUCUGGUGGUCGCUCAGCGACUAAUCAAGAAGUUCAAGAGCUGCAAACUCACUCAAAUCCCCCGGGAACAAAACUCGCAAGACGAUGCCCUGGCUAAUCUAGGGUCCACCCUCGAAACAAACAGCCAGAUGAGUAUCCCCUUGCUCGUGCUCCAAUGGCCAGCUACCUUGGAGGAACCCCCGUCAGAGGAGGUCUCUGCCGUCGAAGAAGGCGAAACCUGGAUGACCCCCUUAGUCCGGUACCUGGAGGCCGACAUCCUCCCGGAGGACCGUAACGAGGCCAGGAAGAUCAAGAAGCGAGCCGUAAGGUAUUGUAUCUCCCAAGAGAAGCUGUACCGAAGAUCUUUCUCUGGCCCGUACCUGAGGUGUGUCACACCCCGAGAAGCCGCUAGAAUUCUUAUCGAACUACAUGAAGGAGAUUGUGGAUCCCACUCUAGCGGUAGAAGCCUAGUGCUCAGAGCCAGAAGGGCAGGUUACUACUGGCCCACGAUGGCCUCCGACGCCGACAGACAAACCAAGCACUGA